AAGCCUCAUUGAAGUAGUCUCCCACAGGCAGUGUAGACAGAGGUUCAGCGCUCAGCGCUCAGCCUUCGUACCUCAGGAUAUCUCUGUCUGACGUGACAUCCGCUUUGGCCUGAAACCUACAGUAUUUACACUUCGGAUAGUUGAGUUUCGAAAUGAAACUAGCUUUGUCGCGCCAUGAGACGUUGUGGUAUGAAGACGGCAACAUUGUCCUGGUUGCCGAUACAACUACCUUCCGGGUGCACAGCAGUGUGCUGUCUCGCGCUUCCGACAUAUUUCGUGAUAUGUUCAGUCUACCCCAACCUCAAGGCGAGGACACUAUAGACGGCUGUCCCGUUGUCCAUCUACCAGACAGUCCUCACGAUCUCGCCAUCGCUCUAGACAUGCUGUACAAUGGAAUGAGAUAUCAUCUCAAUGAUCAGCCACCGUUGUGGACUACUGUACGAGCGAUGCUGCGUAUGGGCACCAAGUACGAAAUGGAUGCUUUGCGUCAGGAAGCUAUCGAUCAGCUGGAUCGUGCCUUUCCAAAAAACCUGAAAGACUGGGAUGUUGUGCAGCUAUCAAGGAUGGAAGGCGACAUGAGUAUAAAAAUAAUGCGAUACGAAGAUGAAGAGUGUAUUUCAAUUGCCGCUGCUGCAAGAGAGGCCCAACUGCAACGGAUCCACCUCUUCGCUCUCUACCGCUGUUGUCAACGCCCUACAAAAGAUCUCAUAUCUCACUACCGACACUCAGAUGGAGAAGCGAAUGAUGCGAUUUUACAUGAGGAUGAUAUGGAAGCUUGCAUCGACGGUCGGCAGCGCCUUCACCAUGCGGAUCACAGGAACGCACACUUCUUAUUCGAUGUCAGUUCUGGCACACGAUGCUGUAGACCCGCCCAUUGCAGCAUUGCACGUUCACAUGUGAAAGAUUAUCUAGUGGGGAACUUCAGAGAGGACGAUCUCGAGGACCUCCAAUGGAAUACAAAUCCAUUAUAUCCAUCCUGGGCCGAUGAGGGCAGUGUUCUUGUAUGGUGCAAAAGUCACGGCCUGUGCAAAGGGUGCACCGAAUUCUAUAUAAAUAGGCACACAGAGGGGCGCCAAAAUAUCUUUGAGACUCUCCACGAGUAUAUCAGAGUACCUCCCUUCUAAGACGAAUAUGCCUUUUUCUUCAGUACUCAGUACUUGCUCUGAGCAGGAUGUAUCAUAGGCUGUACUUGCUUUUAAGCAAAAUAGGAGAAUGUCAAGAGAACCCUGCAU